AUGCCCGGCACCGUGCGAAUCACAGUGUUGGAGGUCGUCGAUCUUCCAGGACCAUUAGGGAGGAAAUAUGCAAUUCAAGUCUCCGUCGGCGCACGAUCAUUUUCCACGGAUGAGCAAGCGUCGACGCCCUCAGGAUCAGGAACGUCAUCUAUCAAGGCGUUCAACUCGGAUUUUGCUUUGUACGACUUUCUGACACUUCCAGACUCUUACCUCUUCCUGAUCGCAUAUAUCUUCAACUUCAACAGUCUGUUGAUUGUCGCCCUUUCCGCGUCUCUGAGAGCCCACGCUGUUCCUAAAGCCAUUGCGGUGCUCAACCUAACCGAUCCUGUGGUCUUCACACUCCUUGACGCACGUGGUGUAGCUGUUUGCAAGACCUCUCUGUCUGUGCCUUCCGUGGUGGAAAAAGGCUUUCGUGAUGACAUGCUUCCAUGGAGCAACGGAGGCCAAGUCCAUGUCAAGUCCAACUUCAUGCUCAGUGAUGAGGAACGAGCCAAGAUUGCGGCUAUGCGUGCCAGAUCGAUGAGCAAGCGCAAGGAUGGCAGCAGCAGUGGCACUGUGACUCCCAUUGCCAGUGGCACCGUGACACCCCGCACUGUCAGUGCCGUGCUCGCCUCUCCCGUUGCGUCCACUGCUCCAGCAGCCUCCGAGGCUUCAACAGCGACUGAAACAGCAGCAGCGAGCACCACAGAGAAGGAAAGCGGGGCUGUGACAGCAGCGCUUGCAGGGAGUGCAGCUGCUGGGGCUCCUGUGGAUAUGGCCAACGUGAUGCUGGUGUUUGAUGGUAGCGAUGACGAGUCUGGCUAUACUGAGUCGUCGCUAGAAGAGUCUGUCAGUGCGCAGGUUGCUGCUGCUUCAGUUUCUCAAGCUGCUCAAGCGGUGCAGGUUCAGGAUCCUGACUCGAUUGCACCAGCAACAGUGGAGGUGGUGAAAGAGGUGCAGAAGGAGGUUCAGGCCACAUCAGCACAGCAAACAGCGUCAACGACCACGACCAAGACUGACAUCACCAUCAUCAAGACCGCCACGCAGGUGGCCAGCGAAGCCACAACCAUGACAUCAGUAAAGGCCGCCUCAGUCACUACCUCAAACAAGGCCGCCACCUCAGCAGCAGCCGCAUCUGCAGGGGCCUCCGUGCAGGCCGCUAUGAGCAGCACAACAGGCAGGGCGAGCGAGCAGUCUAGUGUGCGAGGAGGUGGUGGGGUUGCAGCUGACCUCAAUGGCCGUGUUGGCAGCAGCAGCCGACAGCCAGCGGUGGCAGACAGUGAAGCCGCAGAGAGCAGUUCGGAGAGCGGGGAUGAGGUGGAGAGCAUGGAAGGGUCGUCAGUAUCAGGGACGACAGACAGGCAGGUGGUUAGGAGGAGCAAGAGGCGAAAUCGCAACGGAGGACUGUUGAGCCAGGUGCUGCGGGUUGGCGAUGGGCUCACGCCAGUGAUGAAGCAAGUGCUGGGGACGGGGGCGUUCAUGCUGGCUAUGGUUGCGCUCUGGCCGCGCCCACAGAAGCAGAGCCGAGUCAAGCUGGACUCUAUUCUCCCGCGUGAAGUAUACUGCAAUCCCUCCUCAAAGUUCUUCGAGCUCAACCCAGAGGUUUGCGACAUCAACAGAAUCUACUCCGGCCAGCGCCUCGUCCUCCCGUAA